AAUCUGUUCCCACGUGUUUCAGACUAACAUGAGACUUUAAUGAGUUUAACACUUUAAAAUAUCACAGAGUUAUGUUUCCUGCUGUGGAGGAGCUUCUUUAAAUCAGGGGCUCUCAAACUGUUUGGAGCCAGGGACCCCUUACAGGCUCAGAGGUGACGGAGGGGGCUGACGUAGUGAGCUGAGCUCCAUGGUGACGUGGUGAACGGAGGAAUGACUGGCUGUAGUGACGAAGAGGAGCAGAGUGAUGAAGGAGCAGAAUCAAACAACAAGAAGCAGAAGAAGAAGAGAAGUAAAGGAGAGAAGCAUGUGUCGUUCCCUCCUGAUGAACUCAUCGUGUCUGGGUUUGCUGAGCACAGAGACAAUGACAGAAAGGGGGACAGCUGUGUCAGCCUGGUGGAGGUGGUUUCGGCCUACGAGCUGAGCUGCAGCAGACAUCAGGUGGAGCCUAAAGAGUGCAUCCUGCAGCAGCUACAGGGUGUGUGUGUAGGUGGCGGUGUGAAAUGUCUGGAUCUCAAAGGUGAGCGAUUAGACCAGCGCUCCUGUGAAGCUCUGGAAGCCGUCCUCAAAUCGCUGCACUUUGAUUUCAUCAAUCUGCAGGCGGCACAACUGGAAGAAAAUGGAGCGGCGUCCUUGCUGGAUAUGAUUUUGUACUAUGAAUCUACAACCCAUCUCGACAUGUCUGACAGCGGCAGGAUGGGAACGCCGUGUUGGAGGGCUCUGGCUCAUUUGAUAAAGCAGAGUGUGCGUCUGUGCAGACUGGACGUGUGUAACGUUCCUCUGGUCGACUACCCGGCUCAGUCUCUGUCUAAAGCUCUGCUGACCAGCCGGCUCACAGUGCUGCACCUACACAACGGCCAGCUCAGCGGAGUGCCUCUAUACGCACUGAUCAGAGCCCUGAAGUCAAACCAGGCUUUGAGAGAGCUCCACCUCUCCAACAACCAGCUGAACAGCUACCAGGACGCCCUGCAGCUGGGAGACCUGCUGCGAUACAACAACACCUUACAGACGCUGCAGCUCAGCAACAACGCCGUGGCAGACGCUGGUUUGGAGGAGCUGUGUGAGGGUCUGAGGUGGCAGACUGCAGGGCUGAAGGUCUUACUGCUGAGGAACAACCAGAUCACUGCAGACGGCAUGGUUCACCUGGCCCGGGCUCUGCCCCUGUUGAAGGUCCUGCAGGUUCUGGACCUGGGUGAGAACCUCGUGGGGAACGAGGGGAUCCAGGUGAUCAGGGAGCCUCUGAUGCAGAACGUGUCAGUGCUGCAGCUCGGCCUGCAGCAAACCAGCAUCACCUGUGAAGGAGCGGUGGCGUUGGCUGAGUUCCUGGCAGAGAGUCGUCACAUCCAGCAGCUGGACCUCCGUCAGAAUGAGGUGAAGGUUGGAGGUCUGAUGGCGUUGUGUCUCGCUCUGAGGAUCAACCGCUCUCUCACGGGUCUGGAUCUGGACCACAGAGCCCCACAGGAACAGGACGAGUUUCUGACGGAGACUCAGACGAGGCUUCAGUCAGAGAUCGUCCAGCGCUGCAUCGCCAACGCCACGGGCUCCAACUGCAGCACAGAAACCUCCAUGACCUUAUCUACAGACGCUGAGGGACACGGGGACGACACCACUACGGCCUGAGACAUCACACACACACACACACACACACACACACACACACACACACACACCUCCAGGAUGCAUUGUCUGUAUCUAUUCAAACACAAUCAGCUGACUGUGAGGAGUAUGAAAGUAUAAUUUCCCUCUGAUAUUGAUAAUCAUGAAACUUCUGAUCAGAGUAAAGGGGGUGGGGCAGCUUCCUGAUGAAGCUCCGCCCCCUUGCGUUAAGCUCUUAGUGCAGAAGUUUCUAACGCUGACAACGGACGACACGUCGGACUCAAAGUUCACCUCCAGAGUAAAAACAUGUUUUAAGAUCAUGAUAUAUUUAUGUUUAGAACAUUAAAUCCUAACGCUGUGAUUUAUUAUCUUUAUGUGUCAGAUUAAAGAGUUACACAUUA